CCCAUAUUCUUUGCACUUUGAUGUGUAUAUCUCAUGAUUGAUAUGGAGAAACUAGUCAUGGGCCAAAGGUCAAGAUACUUCUCUGGGAAAUGUUGCUGCUGAUGCUGCUUUACAAAGUCAUACAAUGAGUGUUUGGUUUAAGAAAGAUUUUCAUAUUUAAAAGAUUUUCAUCUUGGAAAUACAUCAAGUGAAAAUUAAAUUCUUUUGGGAAACAUUUUCCUUCUGAUAUAUUAUACUUGUAAUGGGCGAUAUGGCAAACAACUCAGUUGCUUACAGUGGUGUGAAAAACUCUUUGAAGGAAGCUAAUCAUGAUGGAGACUUUGGAAUUACGCUCGCAGAGCUGCGGGCUCUCAUGGAGCUCAGGUCCACAGAUGCAUUACGAAAAAUACAGGAAAGCUAUGGAGACGUCUAUGGAAUUUGCACCAAAUUGAAAACAUCUCCCAAUGAAGGUUUAAGUGGAAACCCUGCAGAUUUAGAAAGAAGAGAAGCAGUGUUUGGAAAGAAUUUUAUACCUCCUAAAAAGCCAAAAACCUUUCUUCAAUUAGUAUGGGAAGCAUUACAAGAUGUCACUUUAAUUAUAUUAGAAAUUGCAGCCAUAGUAUCAUUGGGCCUUUCUUUUUAUCAGCCUCCAGAAGGGGAUAAUGCACUUUGUGGAGAAGUUUCUGUUGGGGAGGAAGAAGGUGAAGGUGAAACUGGUUGGAUUGAAGGAGCUGCAAUCCUCUUGUCUGUAGUGUGUGUGGUGUUAGUAACAGCUUUCAAUGACUGGAGUAAGGAAAAACAGUUUAGAGGUUUGCAGAGCCGAAUUGAACAAGAACAGAAGUUCACUGUCAUCAGGGGUGGUCAGGUCAUUCAGAUACCUGUAGCUGACAUUACUGUUGGAGAUAUUGCUCAAGUGAAAUAUGGUGAUCUUCUUCCAGCUGACGGCAUACUUAUUCAAGGCAACGAUCUUAAAAUUGAUGAAAGCUCAUUGACUGGUGAAUCAGAUCAUGUUAAAAAGUCUUUAGAUAAGGAUCCCUUACUUCUAUCAGGUACUCAUGUAAUGGAAGGCUCUGGAAGAAUGGUAGUUACAGCUGUAGGUGUAAAUUCUCAAACUGGAAUUAUCUUUACCUUACUUGGAGCUGGAGGUGAAGAGGAAGAGAAGAAAGAUGAGAAGAAAAAGGAAAAGAAAAAUAAGAAACAAGAUGGAGCUAUUGAGAAUCGCAACAAAGCAAAAGCCCAGGAUGGUGCAGCCAUGGAAAUGCAGCCAUUGAAGAGUGAAGAAGGUGGAGAUGGUGAUGAAAAAGAUAAAAAGAAAGCAAAUUUGCCAAAAAAGGAAAAAUCUGUUUUACAAGGGAAACUUACAAAACUGGCUGUUCAGAUUGGCAAAGCAGGUCUGUUGAUGUCUGCCAUCACAGUUAUCAUUCUAGUAUUAUAUUUUGUCAUUGACACCUUCUGGGUUCAGAAAAGACCAUGGCUUGCUGAGUGCACACCAAUUUAUAUACAAUACUUUGUGAAGUUCUUCAUUAUUGGAGUUACAGUUUUAGUGGUCGCAGUGCCAGAAGGUCUUCCACUUGCAGUCACGAUCUCACUGGCUUAUUCAGUCAAAAAAAUGAUGAAAGAUAAUAACUUAGUAAGGCAUCUGGAUGCUUGUGAAACCAUGGGAAAUGCUACAGCUAUUUGUUCAGAUAAAACAGGAACUUUGACAAUGAACAGAAUGACAGUCGUUCAAGCUUACAUAAAUGAAAAACAUUAUAAAAAGGUUCCUGAACCAGAAGCUAUUCCACCAAAUAUUUUGUCCUAUCUUGUAACAGGAAUUUCUGUGAAUUGUGCUUAUACAUCAAAAAUAUUGCCACCAGAGAAAGAGGGUGGAUUACCUCGUCACGUUGGUAAUAAAACUGAAUGUGCCUUGUUGGGACUUCUUUUGGAUUUAAAACGGGAUUAUCAGGAUGUUAGAAAUGAAAUACCAGAAGAAGCACUGUACAAAGUCUACACCUUCAAUUCUGUUAGGAAGUCCAUGAGUACUGUCCUGAAAAAUUCAGAUGGAAGUUAUCGAAUAUUCAGCAAGGGUGCAUCUGAGAUAAUUCUGAAAAAGUGUUUCAAAAUCUUGAGUGCUAAUGGUGAGGCAAAAGUGUUCAGACCAAGGGACCGUGAUGAUAUUGUAAAAACUGUGAUUGAACCGAUGGCAUCAGAAGGCUUGAGAACCAUAUGUCUUGCAUUCAGAGAUUUUCCAGCAGGAGAACCAGAACCAGAGUGGGAUAAUGAAAAUGAUAUUGUCACCGGCCUUACAUGCAUUGCUGUUGUGGGGAUUGAAGAUCCUGUGAGACCUGAGGUGCCAGAUGCAAUUAAAAAGUGUCAGAGGGCUGGAAUUACUGUGCGGAUGGUUACUGGUGAUAAUAUUAAUACUGCUCGGGCCAUUGCUACCAAAUGUGGUAUUUUACAUCCUGGGGAAGAUUUUCUGUGCCUAGAAGGUAAAGAUUUUAACAGAAGAAUACGAAAUGAAAAAGGAGAGAUUGAGCAAGAGAGGAUAGACAAGAUUUGGCCAAAACUUCGAGUACUUGCAAGAUCAUCUCCUACUGAUAAGCAUACACUGGUUAAAGGUAUAAUUGACAGCACUGUCUCAGACCAACGCCAGGUUGUAGCUGUAACUGGUGAUGGUACAAAUGAUGGCCCAGCACUAAAGAAAGCAGAUGUUGGAUUUGCAAUGGGUAUUGCUGGAACUGAUGUAGCUAAAGAAGCAUCCGAUAUUAUUCUCACAGAUGACAACUUUACAAGCAUUGUUAAAGCAGUUAUGUGGGGACGAAAUGUCUAUGACAGCAUCUCAAAAUUCCUUCAGUUCCAACUUACUGUUAAUGUAGUAGCAGUGAUUGUUGCUUUUACGGGCGCCUGCAUUACUCAAGACUCACCGCUUAAGGCUGUGCAGAUGCUGUGGGUAAACCUCAUAAUGGAUACGCUCGCUUCCCUGGCUCUGGCAACGGAACCACCCACUGAGUCUCUCUUGCUUCGGAAACCUUAUGGUAGAAAUAAGCCUCUCAUCUCACGUACAAUGAUGAAGAAUAUUUUGGGUCAUGCAUUCUAUCAACUUGUAGUAGUCUUUACACUCUUAUUUGCUGGAGAAAAGUUUUUUGACAUUGAUAGUGGAAGAAAUGCUCCUUUGCAUGCUCCUCCUUCAGAACAUUAUACUAUUGUUUUUAAUACCUUUGUGCUGAUGCAACUUUUCAACGAAAUAAAUGCCCGGAAAAUUCAUGGUGAAAGAAAUGUAUUCGAAGGAAUCUUUAACAAUGCCAUCUUCUGCACAAUUGUUUUAGGCACUUUUGUGGUACAGAUAAUAAUUGUGCAGUUUGGUGGAAAACCUUUCAGUUGUUCAGAACUUUCAAUAGAACAGUGGCUAUGGUCAAUAUUCCUAGGAAUGGGAACAUUACUCUGGGGCCAGCUUAUUUCAACAAUUCCAACUAGCCGUUUAAAAUUCCUCAAAGAAGCUGGUCAUGGAACACAAAAGGAAGAAAUACCUGAGGAGGAAUUAGCAGAGGAUGUUGAAGAGAUUGAUCACGCUGAAAGGGAGUUGCGGCGUGGCCAAAUCUUGUGGUUUAGAGGUCUGAACAGAAUCCAAACACAGAUGGAUGUAGUGAAUGCUUUCCAGAGUGGAAGUUCCAUUCAGGGGGCUCUAAGGCGGCAACCCUCCAUCGCCAGCCAGCAUCAUGAUGUAACAAAUAUUUCUACCCCUACACAUGUAGUGUUUUCCUCUUCUACUGCUUCUACUACUGUGGGGUAUUCGAGUGGUGAAUGCAUUUCGUAGUUCUUUAUAUGAAGGGUUAGAAAAACCGGAAUCAAGAAGUUCGAUUCACAACUUUAUGACACAUCCUGAGUUUAGGAUAGAAGAUUCAGAGCCUCAUAUCCCCCUUAUUGAUGACACUGAUGCCGAAGAUGAUGCUCCUACAAAACGUAACUCCAGUCCUCCACCCUCUCCCAACAAAAAUAACAAUGCUGUUGACAGUGGAAUUCACCUUACAAUAGAAAUGAACAAGUCUGCUACCUCUUCAUCCCCAGGAAGCCCACUACAUAGUUUGGAAACAUCACUCUGAUUGUAAGCUGAAUGUUAACACACUAGCUGCAUUGUAAAGAAACAAAUUGAAACUGGGUCUUUUCACAUAUUGUGAUGGACAAGCUAGUAUUCUUGUCUUUGGACUUCAACAGAAGACACACUUGUACGAAUGUAGAUUUAUUUUUUUAAAAAAAAAAAAAGCAAAGCUUUCUGCCAGACUGAGGGUGCUUUUUGGGGGGUGGGAGAAAUGAACUGACAGAUAAACAGUAACUCAGCGUGAGUGACCCGUGGAUCAUCAGUAGUACCCAAGCAUGGUCCUGAACAGUGUAUUAGCAGAGCUUUAGUUUAUCUCAGUCCUGGAUGGGAGAGAGAGGGAGGAGUAAAACUGGGCAAGACAGAGAGCCCUGGAUCGUUGAAUUGAUAGUUUAAUUUCUGCUGUUGGCUGUUAAUAAUUUGGAUUAUUUAUGUUUAUAAAUGAUACAGAUCUGUUUACAAGGUUUGUAGAUACUUUUUUUGUUCCUGUUCAUAGAUGGGAAGCUUCCUUAUAACUGAUGCAGAGAAAAAUUAGUCCUUCAAAUACUGCUGUAUUUUCAGGAAAAAAAAAAAAGGGGUGUUUCUAUUGAAACUGUACUAAAUUUUUGCCUACAAUUUACCUUGUUAAAUAUUGUAGAUAAAUUGCUAAUACUAAUAGCCAAAUAGAUAACACUAAUGCUUUGUUUAAAAAAACGAAAAAAACAAAACAAAACAAAAAAACAUGAGCAGUGGUGUUCUAAUGAAGUUAUGACAUCUGUCCUAAUUAGUUUCUUAAAUACAUUUACUACUUAAUGGUUUUGAAGCAACUGUUUAAUUUUUAAAAUUUUUGAAAACUUGCUAAUAACCUUUUGUUCAGAAUUUAGUAGAUUGUUUAAUGCAGGACAUCAACUACAUAAUGAAAGAUGCUUGAAAUGCUUUUGUUAUUUCAGGCAAAUCAAAUUAAAUCAGACUAUCAAACUACAAGAGAACCUUAGUCCUUUUUGUUUUUGUCUAAACAUGUUAGUUUAGUGAUGUCUUGGUGAACUGUGAGUGAACUGUAUUGAUUUUUCUAAUCUUUAGAGACCUUCACACAGCAUGAGGGCUGUUGGCAUUUUGAAAAAGGUUAAUAAGUAGAAGCAUACAUGUUUUCCUUUUGUUUUUGAAACUUGUUUGUAAACAUAAAUAAAUAUGCCCUUUUAUUAAAUAAAUUCAUGGCAAUGUUUUUUUAAAAGACAUUUCAGCUUCUUUACUCAGUUCUGCAUAUACAGUGCAUCAGUCUGUUCUCUUUGACCACAAUUGGAAUACAUUUCAAGAUGGUAACAGCCCCAUGAAGUACCGCUUUAAUUCCUUGCUGGUAAUCUAAUAGAAUCAGAUUAAGAAAAUUAACACAAUUUUACCAUUUGACAUACUCUUCAUUGAAUUUAGUUUGUCUAAAAUAGUCUUACAGGUAAAAAACAUAAUAACAAUGACCACCAUUGUCUUUGAUACAUUUAUUUUAAUUCUUAAGUGGCCAAAUAACAGAUUAGGUAAAAUGAGAUUACAUGAAAAGGUUCUAAAAUGAUAUAUUUAGAUGCAAUAAUUAACCAUAUGCUAGAAUGCCCACCUCUAAGCCAAUUGGAUUCUUUAGCUCUCUUUUUCUUUCCUUUGUCUACCUUCUUCCCUUUUUUGCCUCUGUCUUUACCCUUUAGAAAUUGGCAUGUGUUAGGGCCCAGAUUUCACCAGAUACACAAUCCUCAGGCUGACAUAAAGUUUACGAGGACUGCUACUAUAACUGAGAGUGCUGACCAAGCAAAGAAACAUUUAGUUGAUGGUGCUUGAUAUUUUUGGUGGGUGGGGGAAAUCUUUUUCUCACCAUCAAAUCUUUGCAGUAAUCCUCUGCAGGUCUUAGAAACACAUUGGCUCUGUUAGCAUUUGUAAUUGUACGUUUAUUCAUCAGGUAUUUAUAGUGAAUCAUACUGUAAAAAAGAGGUAGCAUGAUAUGCUGGAAAGCGUAUUAGACUAGGAGUCAAGACCUGGUUUCUAGUCUUGGUUUUGCCAUUAAUGUGCUGCAUGAUCUUGGGAAAAUCAUUUACCCUAAAUAAGGGUGGUGGACUAUCUUGAAGAACCCUUUCAACUCUAAAAAUUGACCCUAUCAACUGGAGAGCCUACAAGGCAUAGGGAAUAGAGAAAAGGGAAAUGUUUUCAGUUUUCUUUUUUAUUUUGGUUAUGCUUAAAUAUGAAUGUAAUUACCAAAAGAUUUAGAAGUGCAUGUGCUUUGGAGGAUUUGUAUUGAGCUUUUACAGUAUUCAUUUUUCAACUCAAGGCAAUGGCUUUCUACACCAACUCUAAUCCAUAAACGGGUCUUAGGACAUCCAUGAAGUAGUAGCAAGACAUGCUUAGGGUGUAUUUCUCUCUUUGAGACACUGUAAUUUCUACCAGAAAUUUCCAGAGCAUUAUGUUGGUAGAAAAAAAUGCAAGCAAGCUGUUAAAGAUCUUGGAUCCCAUUAUAUAGUAUGUAUAGCUGAAAUCUGUAAUUCAAUCACUUUUUCUCUUUUAUCCUCUAACCAAAAAAUUGUUUAAUUUUGCAUCCCAAAUGUUUUUAAUCUUUGUAUAUUUUUUAAAAAUCCUUUUCUCCUCAUCAUUGCCUUUUUUGUGGUUGUAAAUAGACUUACUUGCACUUUGAAGAUGAGUUACUCCUUGUCAUCUUACAAAUAUGUGAUAUGGUAAUUUUCAUAACAGAUGUCAGUUUUGAACCAAGAAUUGGUGAUUUGUUUAUAAGAAAAAAACUGGCUUCAUUUCUGUGAAAUUGCUCUUUGAAAAUUUCUUUUUACACGUGUAAGCCAACUGAGAUACCGUGAUGGUGUUGAUUUCUUUCAAUGAUGCUUACCAUCUAUUUUAGCCACUGAGCCUUUUAUUAUUUGUCUAUUUGUAAAGUUUAUUUGUCUUAACUCAUUUAAUAAAUAUACUGUUUAUCUGUUUCUGAA